AUGAUCAAUCACGAUAAUGAUGAAGAUAAAGUUUCUUUCACCUUCUUUGAUUUCAAUCAAUCCGAAGUCUGCAAUCCUCUCUAUGCUAAACUUCGUGAAAAACUUUCGUCCAACAAAAAGAGCAAAACCUUCUCCAUGCAAUUUACUCCCCACAAAACGAUUGGCUAUCAAAGGCCUGUUAUUACCGAGGAUGGAGAUGUGGAAGAAGUUUCUGAUCAAGACAAAAAGUUGAAACUUCAUUAUCCUUCCGAUAUUAAAAUUGCUCGCCAUCAUGGUUGUCUUGUAAUUGCUGAUGAUCAUAAUGAUAGAAUAGUAUUUCUCAAUUUGGAUAAUUAUCAAUUGAGGACUGAAUUUACUUUGGAAGAGAGUGUCACUGAUUUUUGGAUUGAGUCUGAUAGUGCUGGAAAUGAAUAUAUUUAUUUUGGAGAUAAUGGAAUUACUUUUAAAUUUAAUAUUGCCAAAUUGGUUGAACAUGCACAAGUAAAGUUGAAAGAUAUAGAGCCCAUGUGGAAGAUUUCUGAAAAACUGUCUGGAUCUAUAAUGGUAAUACAUGAUGCAAGUAGAAAGGAAAAGGUAGUAUUGAGAUGGAACAAUGAUGCACAAGGAUUAAAUGCUCAUAGAGAUUGUGAUGGUUCUCUAUUGGCCAAAUAUCCAGUCCUGUCAUUAUGUGAUUCUCCUGGACUGUUUGCCAUUUCAAAUUCAGAAUUCAUUGCUCUCAAUCACGAAUCUAAUAUGGUCUUUAAAAUUACAUUAACCGAUGGCAAAUGUGAAAACUCAGACAUGUUUCAAGUACAAAAUCCUUGGAAACAUCCACUUUCGGUUGCAAAAGAAUUGAGUCAACAUAGAAUUUACAUCUCAGAUUAUGGAAAUAAGAGGAUUGUUGUUUGGGACUUGUUGCAGGAGUGUGAAAUUAAAAUUCACCACGAGGAACAUCUCCAUCCAUUUGGAAUUUUCUAUGACGAUCAAUCUGGACUACUCUAUGUUGUCGAUCAACAAGCUUGUAUCAUUCGAGUGUAUCAGUAAAUACUUUGUGGACAAACCACAAGAUAUUGU